AGUAAUGUACUCCGUAUUAGUGUAUAAGUGAGUUCUACAUCGUCCACCAUUUUGGUCCCAUGCACGGCUCAAAGCAAGAAAUUCAAUCCCACUCUUUCAAACCACAAGGGAGCUAAGAAAUCGGCUUCGCUUGGCUAUAAUUUGCAUCGUCUCCCAAACCGGCGCUUUCUGCACACAGAGAAGCCAGCACCGCCGCGCGCAGCGGUUUGUUUUUAGAUCAUUUCUCCUCUUGAAUUGCGCACUGAUCUCAAAUGUUUCACGAUGUCUUCCUCGCCGUCGAUUCUGAAUCCCAGCCAAAACUACGCCGCCGGAGGUCUCUUCGCCCUCGCACUCCACCGGGCUCAGAUCCACCAAACUCGCCGCGUGGGAUCUCCGUUGACGCCGGAGCGCAUCCCUAAGGAAAUCAACGACGGCUGUGGUUCCGUAUCUGAAGAUCCCCAAUUAUGGGCUCACCAAUCUUCCGGCCUCCUUCGCCCCGUCUUCAGGUUUCUAGAGAUUGAGGAAUCAGCUUGGUCUGGACUUGAGGAUACUGCUGGCUCUUCAUCGAUCCAGGAUCAUGUUGAAGCGUUUGUAAGGUUGUUACUCAAUGAGGAAACAGUUGGAGGUUCUUCAGAAGUAGAGGGAAACGAACUUGAUUUGGCUAAAUCCAUUGAUGCUAUGGUAUCAAAAUUGAAGGAAUCGCUUAAUUCUGAUUCAGAUUCCGCCAUGCAGAAGUGGUGUGCUUAUGAGGAAGAAUAUAGGGAAAGGUUUUCAACCACUGAAAAUCUGGAUGAAGGUUAUGAUCCAUCGCUCACCGGACAUGCACAUAUGGAGCCUAUGGCAGGAUCCAGAGAAAACCCAUUGGAAAAUAUUAAAUUGCUUUCAUAUCAUAGGAAAUUGUCAGUUCUCUAUGUACUUCUUUCAGCUUGUCUGGCAAAUACACCAGAAGACGAUAGCGAACGUUCUACUUGUCAAGUAAAGGGGUAUGAUGCUAGAUAUCGUGUGGCUUUGCGGUUGAUUGCGACAUGGUUUGGUCUUGAAUGGAUUAAAAUGGAAGCCAUUGAGACCAUGGUUGCAUGUUCAGCAAUGGCUUUACUGAAGGCAGAAGAAUCAGAUGGAGGGACUAUAUCUUCCGAAGAUUCAUGGAGUAAGUGGAAAAGAGGAGGCAUUAUAGGUGCUGCUGCACUGACUGGAGGAACCAUAAUGGCAGUUACUGGCGGUUUAGCUGCUCCAGCAAUUGCUGCAGGAAUGAGUGCUUUAGCACCAACUCUGGGAACGAUUGUCCCAGUGAUUGGAGCAAGUGGGUUUGCUGCUGUUGCCAGUGCAGCCGGAACUGUGGCUGGCUCCGUGGCAGUUGCUGCGUCAUUUGGAGCUGCUGGAGCUGGACUUACAGGGACUAAAAUGGCUAGGAGAAUUGGAGAUGUUGAUGAAUUUGAGUUUAAAGAAAUAGGAGAAAGCCAGAAUCAAGGCCGGUUGGCAGUUGAGAUAUUAAUUAGUGGAUUUGUGUUUGAGGAGCAAGAUUUUAUCAGACCUUGGGAAGGACCACAUGGAAACUUAGAAAGAUAUGCACUGCAGUGGGAAUCUGACAAACUAAUAACUGUGAGCACUGCAAUUCAGGAUUGGCUUACUUCAAAAAUUGCACUACAAUUGAUGAAGCAAGGUGCAAUGAUGACAGUGUUAAGCUCUCUCCUAUCAGCAUUAGCUUGGCCAGCAACGUUAUUUUCCAUGACUGAACUUAUUGACAGCAAAUGGGCUAUUGCUGUUAACAGAUCUGGCAAGGCUGGAGAACUGAUGGCGGAAGUACUACAGAAAGGAUAUCAAGGGCAAAGGCCAGUGACACUUGUAGGGUUUUCUCUUGGGGCUAGAGUUAUUUUCAGAUGCCUCCAGUGUUUGGCUGCAGACAAGAGAUAUGGGCUUGUGGAGCGAGUUGUUCUUCUCGGUGCACCAAUUGAAAUUUCUACUGUGAAUUGGGAAGCAGCCAGAAAGGUGGUGGCUGGGAGGUUUGUGAAUGCAUAUUCUACAAAUGAUUGGAUGCUCGGAAUCGUGUAUCGUGCCAGCCUCAUGAGUCAAGGACUAGCUGGAAUUCAACCUGUGGAAGUUGAUGGCAUUGAGAAUGUUGAUGUAACGGAAUUGAUUGAGGGGCACUCUGCUUACCUAUGGGCUACCCAAAGGAUCCUAGACUUGCUCGACCUUGAUGCGUAUAAUCCUGUUUUUGGUCGUGCCGCCGAUCAGAAGUACUAGUUGUUUUCAGCUCAACUUGUCUCCACACUUACUAUGCAUUAGCUUGUUUGUUUUGGUAACAUAACUAUGCUACCAUUGCACCCAGAGUUUUGGACGGUCUAGAACAUUGGUCUAUUUGUACAAAGGUUGUUUUGGUUAACAAACAUAACAUAAAAUGCAUCUUUAGUAAGCAAAAUAAAGAACAAUCUCUAAUGGUAAUCAAGUCAUGAUCAUGGCGUUUUUUCGUUACACCUGCUACUCUCCUAGUGGCUACAACUUACAACAACACUCCAUGAUCAUGACUUGAUUACCAAGUACUCUCACACCCU